AUGGAUGACCCAUCCCCAACACCACCGCUAGUACCGGAGAACAGACCUGAAGUCGGCGAUUGGAUAAUAGAUAUCAUUCGCAAAUUCACCAAAGACCGUGGCGAUGAUGUGAUGAAUAAGCUGUUCUUGACAGAUGAACCUAGUUUCAAGGACGUGCAUGACUUCUUUCGUGAGCUCAACGACAAUAUCCGUGCUGCCAAUAUGGUUCAUGGAGCAGAAGACAUUCGUGCCGGCGAGAUUCCAGCACACACAUAUGAAGCAAUGUACCAAUCCUGGAAAAUGGAACUUGCAAAACCUGAGGUGCAAAAUAAUCCUAGCGAGGCAUGGAAAGCAUACGACAAAGUUUACCAAGCGUUGGACAACUUCAACCGGGAGUAUAACCUACCGCUUGGGUGGAAUAUAUCCGCCUCCGCCGCAGAACAGGCUUUCGGGCAACGACCAUCGUCAGAAGUACCUGUAGCUCCGACCCCUGAAGGAGAAGAUUCCGAUCUCGAGAGUGGUGGAGAUGAAAGCUCAGAAUCUAGUAGUGAGGUUGAAGAGCAAAGCGAUGACGACUAUGCACCCUCGGCAAUUGACCUGCUAGAGGCAAGAGCUCGGAAAGAGGAACGUUCACUUACCGGUGCGAAGGUCUUGUUCUGGUGGUCGAAGGGGACGGGAACUCAAAUCUUCGUCAGGUAUGGCAGCAAGUCAAAACCCAUCUUUCGGGUCAGAGCUGGAUCCCACGAAUAUUACGACAAAAAACGGGUGACACGUGUUUUAUCCAGUCAAAAUCGCGGUUAUAUGAAAAAGCCGGAGGUUAUUGACGGUAUACCAGGCGAGACCUGGAAGUAUGGCCGAAGGGACGUCUCCAACAUACUCGGUGUGGGGUGGAAAGUUGAAGAUGACGACGACGAAAAUGGCAUAGAUCCUCUGGAAUUGAUGGUUCCAGAACCUGGUAGUGUCUAUCCAGAAACCAGGGUUUUGGUGGAAUGGAAGGAUGGAGAGACAACCCUAGAAACUCGAGCAUUUGUCCGACGUAUUGCGAAUGGAUCGAGCCUGGAUGGAGAUCGUCUGGUAUUUCAGAAGGCUAAGGAGCUGGAGGAGGCAUACCGAGAAGACAACAAAGCUGCCGACUGGGGAAAUAAUGAGGACGACGAAGCUUUAGAAGGAGAGGAAGUAGAACAAGGCACUCCUGUUCGUGGAAAAUCGCCCCCUCGCAGCGUUGUUAGCUUGGCUCGCUCACAUAAAUCUGGCAAGAGCAAUGUUCGAUUUGAAGAUGAUGCCGAUGAAGCUAGCGAGUCCUCUGGACACACGGCGAUGACCAGGGCCUCAAAAAAGAGCAGCCUCCGAUCUACGACGACCUCGCGUGGUGCGAAAGCGCGGCCGCCGGUUAUAUAUGAGGACGAUCGGGAUCGUGAAAUCCGCAGGUUGAGAGAGCAGGUAGAGCAACUGACCAUGAAUCAGCCAUGGCAACAAACCAAACAGGUCCACAGCCAACCUGCAAUUCGCAACGGUUACCCCCCAUCACACAAUAUGUACAACGCUGGGUUCGACGACCGUGCCUCUACUGUUUCAAGCAAACCCCCGAUUAGACCGCUCCGACGAAGCAGGCGUCGAGGAAAAGCCUAUUCGCAAGAACCCUGGAAUUACUGGACUGAUGGUAAUUGGAACCAUAACGUGAGUACAUACUACUAA